GAAGUAAAAAUCGAAGACUUUUCAUCAACCGUUCCUUGUGCGCCACCCACCAUGCCCUUCCUCGUUCAGCGCCUGCUCUUGCCACGGGGGCGCGGACUUUCUUUCUAACCCUUCUCUUACGUUGUACAGUGUCUCCCCAAGUCGGUCAACUGUCGGGCGAGCGAGCGAGCGAGCGAGCUCCAUUUUAAAGGUUCGGGCUUUCUGAUCUGGUUCGCUCGAGCUGAACUACCCUUUUCCUCUUUUGAUCUCUUCUUGCGAGAGCUCUUGGCUUUCGUGGCUGGCCUUCCCUGGUUUGAGCUCCAAAAAGCUGUCUUUCUUUAGUUCAUGGGAACCCAAGGAAGGAAUUGAGUUCAACAUCAUUUUGGGAGACUUGGAGAUUUAGUGCUUCUGGUUACGGAUUGAAACCGGGGUUGUUGUGUUUUAGCUGUCCCGCAAGGGGUUUGAUUUUCGGUUAGUUCACGAAUUGAUGGCCUCUUGCAAGAAACCCCGCACCAAAGAGGUGGGUUGUCGCCGAUUCGUGUUUGUAUCUGUAUUUACGUUCAUGGUCGUCUCUGUUGUGGUUUUUUGCCUGAGAGCAAAUCCGGUUUCAAACAACGCUAUGGAGCCUGCUGAUGAUACGAAUCGUACUCGAAGUUAUUUUCAUUUGAAGAGGGAUCUCAACCUCCCUAAGAAAAAUGAACUGUCAAUUCAAUUGGAAAUGCACAACCGGUUGCCUCCUAGAAACAGAGAUCUGUAUCCCACUUUGGCAAAGGAUCACAUAACUAUAGUGUUGUACGUCCAUAAUCGGCCUCAGUACCUCCGAGUAGUUGUGAAGAGCUUAUCUCAAGUAAAAGGUAUUGGUGAGACUCUGCUGAUAGUUAGUCAUGAUGGGUACUUUGAUGAGAUGAACAAGAUUGUGGAAGGUAUAAAAUUUUGCCAAGUGAAACAGAUUUUCUCUCCUUAUUCACCUCACAUUUUUCCCAGUAGCUUCCCCGGUGCAUCACCUAAUGACUGUAAGAAUAAGGAUGAUGCAGCGAAGAAGCAUUGUGAAGGAAAUCCGGAUCAGUAUGGAAAUCACCGAUCGCCAAAAGUUGUCUCACUGAAGCAUCAUUGGUGGUGGAUGAUGAACACGGUGUGGGAUGGGCUAAAGGAGACUCGGGGGCAUACUGGCCAUAUUCUUUUCAUAGAAGAGGACCAUUUUAUUUUUCCAAAUGCAUACCGCAACUUGCAGAUACUCACAUCACUGAAGUCUAAAAAAUGUCCCGAUUGCUAUGCUGCAAACUUAGCACCUUCUGAUGUGAAGUCGAGAGGAGAAGGGGGGGAGAGUUUGAUUGCUGAGAGGAUGGGUAAUGUCGGUUAUUCCUUCAACCGAACCGUCUGGAGGAAAAUCCAUAAAAAGGCUAAAGAGUUCUGCUACUUUGAUGAUUACAACUGGGACAUUGCUAUGUGGACUACCGUUUAUCCCUCCUUUGGGGCUCCAGUGUAUUCAUUGCGAGGACCAAGGACUAGUGCGGUUCACUUUGGGAAGUGUGGGCUACAUCAAGGCCAGGGCGAGCAAACUGCUUGUGUUGAUAAUGGGGUUGUGAACAUUGAAGUAAAUGAUGAAGAUAAGGUCGCAAAUAUCAAAUCUGAGUGGAAUGUGCAUGUCCAUAAGCAUCAACAAGGUUAUAAGGCAGGGUUCAAGGGUUGGGGAGGUUGGGGUGAUGAGAGAGAUCGUCACUUAUGCUUGGAGUUUGCUCGCAUGUAUAAACUCACAGAGACAGCUUCCUUCUGAAUAGCCAGUCUUUUGAUUUUUCCUGCUGCUGUAGCAUGAGGCUUCAUUUAUUCUAGAUGAGUUAUCAAUAGAAAUACACGUCUUCGAUUAUUCAGUAUAAAAUUUCUCAAUUUGAUCUGCUUUUUGUAUUAGCUUUUUGGCAUGUACCCACUUUUUGUGUCCCUUUUGCUUUUCUUUGGUCAUCUGUACCUAAUGUUCAGUCUACAUGGCAUUUAAAGUUAAUCUCUAUCAUCUUGAUUUAAGUCACCAGGACAUUGGAAAUGCUUUCAAGAGAAGGCUCUUUCUCUAAGGAUCUGUUGCAAUACGUAUAAUUGCAUUCCUGGAUAUCUUCUUUCAAAAGGCUUCUGCUUCCUUAGUAAAUGUUUUAGUAGAAGAUAUAAUUUCUUGGAGUUGAGGUUUAUUUAUGGGUUUUUGCCUUGAGAAGAGGCAGAAGUAUACUGUAAGCAAGGGUGGCUCAUUCGGUCCAUGUAAUUGGGAAAUGGAUUGUGAACAUGUUUCUUUGGUUCCUAUGAAAUUUUACUCACUGCAUGCAGAGUGUUACCUGACCAUUUGCAUUGAACGUUUGUCCAGAUUUUGAUUCAGAUGUUCCUUUACCAGCUUUCUGAGGUUCAAUUCCAACUGCAAACUUGUGUCUCUCAUACUUUGCUGUGGGAAAUUCACUUGGACUUGCAUUUCUGUUGCAUCCAAAUAUGAUGGAUGAGUAGAAUAUCUUGGAUCGGUUGCAGGACUUGAUAUUCAUUCUCAGUUCCUUGGAAGAAUGCCAUUGGAGCUGAAUAAGGUCGUCCCAUGGUUCGUUGAGGAAAAUCAUAUUAUUCGGGAUAAUUUCGAGUCUUGAUGAGCACUGCAGCUCUGAAGUUAUGACUGUUGGUUCUUAUUCUGGUGAUUUAAUUAAAACGAUAUGCUUUUCCUGAAUUUGUUAGGAUCAGUCUAUGUUGUUGAGGAAGGUUGGGCGGUUGUGGAAUUUUUCAUUUGCAUCUUGUUUUGCUCAUGAUUACAGUUGCGGCUUCUUUUGCUCUCCAUUAUUCGCCAUGACUAUAUUUUAUGUUUCAUAUUUUGGAGAUGCAAAUAUAUGUCAAACUGAUCAUGCGCAGAAUGAGGGCCUAUGGAAUCUUCUUGUGUGGCAGGAGAAAUCUCUCUACUUCUCAACUGAUGGCUUGUGUGAGGCUCUCUGUUUUGUUGCAUUGAUCUAGUGGAAAAGUGAUUUACAAGAGCUCCUAAUCCUUUUCUGUGAAUAUUGAAUCUCCAAUGUUGCUUCAUCUGUCAAGUGAGGUCUGCGUAUUGUAAGCGAUCAACUCUGAUGCUGUACUAGAUUCACUACAUUGUUGUCUCUCAGGACAUAGAUUUAUCGGUUCAGAACUCAAUAUCUGCUCGUA